UCUAUUUGUCUAUGGGGGUUCCCGAUUUCUCUCUCUCUCAUCUCUCUACCAGAGGGGGUUUCGAGGCGGGCACCGCGGGGCGCCGCCGGAGGGAGCGGAGGGGCGGAGCGGCGCCCAGCCCGUGCCGGCCGGGUGGGAGCGGGCGCUGUGGGCGGGGACGCGCCCCCGCCGGCCGCCCGGGCAGCGCCGCGGGAAGGCGAAGGCUGAGCCCGGGGCGGGCGGAGGGGCUCCAUGGGCGGCUCACGCCAGCAUGGUCCUCGCCCCGCACGGCGGCCGCCCCCGCGGUAGCGGCAGGAUGAUCGCCGGGUCGUGGCCCCCGCGCGGCCCCGCGCGGCUCCUGCCCUCUCCCGCCCCGACGGCGCUGCCCGCGGCCACCGCGCUCCCCGCUAACGAGUCCCGGUGCGGGGAGCAGAUCCUCAGCUACGGAAGCGCGGAGAAAGUUGUCAUCGGGGCCGUCCUCUCCCUCAUCACCCUGCUGACCGUCGCCGGCAACUGCCUGGUGGUCAUCUCCGUCUGCUUCGUGAAGAAGCUGCGGCAGCCCUCCAACUAUCUCAUCGUCUCGCUGGCGCUGGCCGACCUCUCAGUGGCCCUGGCCGUGAUGCCCUUCGUCAGCGUGACCGACCUCAUCGGCGGCGAGUGGAUCUUCGGGCGCCUCUUCUGCAACGUCUUCGUCGCCAUGGACGUCAUGUGCUGCACGGCUUCCAUCCUCACCCUCUGCGUGAUCAGCAUCGACAGGUACCUGGGAAUAACAAGACCUCUUACGUAUCCUGUAAGGCAGAAUGGAAAGUGUAUGGCCAAAAUGAUCCUGUGUGUAUGGCUCUUAUCUGCCUCUAUCACUAUACCUCCGCUCUUCGGUUGGGCUCAAAAUGUAAAUGAUGAAAAGGUUUGUUUGAUCAGUCAAGACUUUGGCUACACCAUUUACUCCACAGCAGUUGCGUUUUAUAUUCCAAUGUCAGUGAUGCUUUUCAUGUACUAUCAAAUUUACAAAGCUGCAAAGCGGAGUGCUGCUAAACACAAGUUUACUGGCUUUCCCCGAGCGGAAGAAGUAGAAGGGAUUUCUAUGAAUGGAGUUGUAAAACUACACAAGGAAUCUGAAGAAUGUACUAAUUUCUCAAGACUCCUAAAGCACGACAAGAAAAAUAUUUCCAUAUUUAAAAGAGAACAGAAAGCUGCCACUACACUUGGGAUUAUUGUUGGGGCUUUCACUGUCUGCUGGCUGCCCUUCUUCCUCCUCUCAACUGCCAGGCCCUUCAUCUGCGGUACAGCGUGCAGCUGUAUCCCACUGUGGGUCGAGAGAACAUUUCUAUGGCUGGGCUAUGCAAACUCUCUCAUUAACCCUUUUAUAUAUGCCUUUUUCAAUCGGGACCUGCGGACAACUUAUCGCAACCUCCUGCAAUGCAGAUAUAGGAAUAUCAACCGGAAACUAUCAGCUGCAGGGAUGCAUGAGGCUCUGAAGCUUGCAGAGAAGCCAGAAUUUGUUCUGUAAGGAGAAGUUCUGAUUUCUCCAGGGAAAAAGAGUCAUGACCAAAUGUGCUUCAAAGCAGCCAGAAAAGCCAAGGCAGAACUGAAAGAAGAAAAUCUGAGUUGGCUUCUGAAGAACUGGAUAGAUUUAAGAAAUGUACUUCAUCUUCUUUUGAUGUGAAUGUGCUAAAAAUACUCAAUGAGCUCAACACAUUACCUUAAAUACAUUUCUAUUGGAAGUAGUUACAUCUUGUUUGUUAUGGAGAAAAGUGCUGAUAUAUACAAAUAAAAAUAGUUUUCUGCCCCAGAAAGCCAAAUCAUUUCAGCAAUAAGAGUUUGGCACACAGGGUGGGGAACCAAUGCAAUUAAAAUUCAAAGAUAAAGCACUGUACAGAUUUCCACCAUGUUAAAACAAUGUAGACAAGCAGUCAUUUAUAUUUACCAUGUUUGUGGAUCGUAACAUUAGUAUUACUAUUCAGGGAUCGUCAGUGAAUGUAUUUUGUGGUACUACUAAAAGAAGUUUUCAAGCAAAUGGUGGCUCUGUGGAUGCUUUCAGGGCUUGUGUUACAGAGAUGCCAUGCACCUGAGAUGGGAUUGAGAAAGGCAACAAUAAAAGACUGAUUUUUGUAAAAGCAUUCUCUUGUACUAAGUAAAUGUCUGUUUGUUUGUUAACAUAUACAUGGUUUGUUCUCUGUAACCUUUUAAAAGGGCUUCCUUCAGUUACGGUCUGACAAAAGUUAAGGGAGGGAAUUAGAACACACAUGUAUUACACCUAUCGUUAAUUUACAAAUGUUUACUUUGCUUUAAUGCAAUUUUUGUGAUCUGCCAAUUUAUUUUAAAAAAACAAACCACAAUUUCUCUCGCGUUUUAACUCAAAUAGUGGUAAAAGGUUGGAGAAUUUCCAUAGUACUUUGCUUUUUUUUUUACUGGAUAGCCAAACUAGACUGAGAAUUACAAUAUUUGUUAUUUUUUUAUGUGUGUUUAAGAAAUGUUAUGUCUGCCGAUGUUCGGUUGUAAUUAAAAUAAAUCCCUUUCACUUGACAAAAAUUUAAUAGGCAAGUAUUAAUGACCAUUUGUCCCAGGGAAAAUUGAUUCAAGGGAUCAUUCUGUAAAUAUGCCUUUGAAUAUUUUCUUAAUGAGCUUUGCAUAUUCAUUUCUCCUCAGAGUUUCCAAACUAUGCAUGGCUAUACAAUCCACAAUGCAGCAGGAUAUAGCAUUCCUAAAGGCUAUCUUCUUUAAAGGUACAUAUCAAUGAGCCCUUGCCUUAUUUCCAUAAUCACCCAAUUUGUGAGUCUAGUCUCCUACUUGCAGUUUAACCAAAAUGCUGCUGGCUGCAUAUUCCAUUACAGCUUUGGUUUCCUUUGCUUAAAUUAAUAUACAAGUUCACAAUAGUUGUCUAAAUAAGGAGCCAGGCAUACCAGCACAGGUCAACUCAUUACUUAUCUGUAAAAGAGAAAUAUGGACUGCAAAUCAGUCCACGUUAAGCCUGUGUAAACCUGGGACAGAGAGCCUAAUCCAUCUUCUGCUCGCUACCCUGACAACAUAAGCUAAGUCUUUUAGUUACACAAGAGAGCACUGGAGUAACAUAUUUUCAUUGUACAAGGUCAGCGUGACUGUCUUCAGUACUUCACUUACAGAACUGAUCACUGUGAGCUCCAUAUUUGAACCAAAAUUAGUCUUAUAAUUUGUUUUAUUUACCAAAGGGAGUGACACAGCAAUGCUUUUUACUUGCUUAGCCUUAAGUAUUUAACAGGAAAUGGGACAGUUAUCGUCAAUGGCCAAUUGACCAGUUCUGAUUGAAUUACAUGAGAAUACAUUCAGAGAAACUCUGCUGUAGUGAAAUUACACUGGCAAAUAAUAUUAUAACUGGAUAUAAUGAGAAAAGGAUAUGAUAGGUCCACAAAUAUAACAGUAAAAAAAGAAAAAAGGCUGUUUCUUUUCUUAAAAAACAAAAUCCUUCAAAUAAAGAGAAGGGAUAAUACUUUGAAACUAAUUUUUAAGCUUUAUGGUCUCACUUGCCUGUUCAUUUCACAAAGGGAAUGAAGCAAUUUUACUUAAGUGAAUCAGACUGUCACUUUCCUUGUUCAUGAUUUUGUGUCAAAACCUUAACUUCUAGGGAAAUGGAAAAAUUAUGUCACAUAAUUUAAAUUAUUAAACCCCCCCAAAUAAAUAAACACUAUUAGUGAUAUAUUUUUGAGAAAAUGCAUUUUUUUAAAUGCUGUUAUUCUAAGCUUAAGUGAAAAUAUGUGUUUUAGGAGAAAUAUAAUGGAGGACAAGAGUCAGAGCUUUCAGCUGUUAGGGAUCUACAGCUCUACAUAGAUAUAUAUAUAUGUAUAUGUUUAUAUUACACACACACAUCUAUCCCUCACAUAUUAUGAUGCUUUUGCCUCAUGAAAAGAAGGCAAAAAACCAAAUUAAUACCUAAUAAACAUUUAGCUUUUAAAAAUAUGUAUUAAAUUCGCAGAAUCUUGCAGAAAUUCUCUGUUUUUUUCCAUAGAAUUUUUUUCAUCCAGGAGUUUUCAGACAUAUAAACACCACAAAGUACUUUGGGAGAUACAGAACACUGAUACUUUGUCAUACAAGAUGAAGCUUGGUUUUUUUCCUGCUGUAACUGUCAGGUCUGUCACCUCUCUCAAACUGAUGCACAAACCCAUGCAGUAACUAGAAGAGUCACUCAAGGCUAAGUACGUAUUCAAGACAAGUAAAUAAUGCAUACAAUAGUUUAAAAUAUUAGAGAAAAAAUAGGGCUGAUCAAAAGAAGUCAAGAGAUUAGAUGGCCUUCUAGGAUAACGAGCCGAGCUUUCAGCAGUCCAGCAGAGUGAAUACUUCAGAAACAAGGCUGAGACUCACGGUUCUGGAUCCAUAGAAGAUGCCUUUCCAGCUCUAUCAACAAAACCUCUUCUGGGAUUUGACAGUGAGCAGUUUGCAUUUUCACGGGCUGCCUUAUGGUUGUUACGACUGCAUUUGUCAGUUGUAAGAAAUAACAUGGAUUUCCCAAAAGUUUUGCAGAAUCCUUGAUGUUUCAUUAACGCACCCCAGCCUGUCUUGUUCCAUAUGCAUUCUUGGGGUCUACAGAAAGAUGUUUGGUGCACCAGUUUACUAUACCCAGUAUAUUUACUAUAUACUAUUAUAUCUCCCCAGUCCUUCCCUCAUUAUCUAUUUUUCAUCCUGGUUGAUCUGUUUACAAACAAAUUCUUUGUCCCUUGAUUGUAGUUUUAAGUUCUUGUUAAAUUAGUUUUAUUCAUAUGACAAAGUAUUAACUUUCUUCAGGCCUGAGCAAAAAGUAAAUACAAUGAUAAAAGAAGGAAGUUUUUCUUAUUGUCACAAGAUGCACUUUUGAAAAUGUUACACAGAAGCAUGAAAAAGCUUAUCUAUAUAUAUUAUUAAAACUGUAAAGAUAAGAAUUUUAAUAGAUAAAAGUGAAUUUUAAUUUAUUAUUUCAGUCAGGGACUUUUAAUAUGCAAAAGUCACCAGAGGAUUCAGCUGGAAUUGUCUGCACCAAGAUAAAUAUUUUUCCAUGAUGAGAUCUAGCAAAAUAUAAAGAUGAUUAACAUAAGAGAUUAUUUCCCAUGAAUAGCUUACCAAGAAAUACAAAUACAAGGAAAUGAAGCUCUUCAAGUUGUAAGUGGCCUGCACUGAAAAUAUUGAGUGUUUUUGGUUGUAAUAUAGGUCUUGUUUGUAAAAAAAAAAAAAAGAAUUGCUGCCACUUGGUUUGCAAAUUAUUUAAAUUUACACAGCAGACUAAUUUAACAGAAAAGGGUUCUUCUGUACUAGAUACCCAGUUAUAUUAUGCUUUUAAAAUGUAUAAGCCCAGGGGGAUAUUAAAAUGUUAGUUUGAAUAGUAUCUAAAAGGUAGUUACUUUUAUACAAUAAAAUAAGUAGUCUACUGAAUACUAAUCCUUUUGUUGUGCUUUCUUUGAACUAAUGCUACAGAAAAUAGAGUAUCUAUUUGCUUAAGUAAUUUUAAUUUAGAUCCACAGAAUACAUCUCAUCUACAAAAAUACAUCUGAUUUUUUUUCAGUUUAAUUCAUUUAAAAUCCUUAUUGUAUCAAAAUUAAUGUUAAAGAAAGAUACCUACAGUCAUCGAAUAGCAUUGAACUGAAAGAAUGAGAGAUGGGAAAAUUUAAUGAUUCUCCUGAUGAAAGGGUGGUUUAGUUUGUUAAGUUCAAGCACUGCUAUGAAGAACCCUGCUGAGAAGUUCGAGAUUGAUCCCUCCAAAGAAAAGCUUGAUUUCAUCUAUUUGAGCCUUUUAAGGGAAGGGCAAAUGGUCAAAAAUUUUUAGUUGUGUUUUAGUCCAGAAAAGGUUCUUGAAUAACCUAAUCUAAAUAUAUCUUUGGAUUUACUUCUGGUCUUAUUUAAAGAAGUCAUGCAGCAUAUUGUCCAGGAAAUCCUCUGCCAUUAGACUCUUAAUAAAAAACAGAUGACUGAACAUUUCUUUUAAAAAAAAUCCAAAGACCUCAGUGCUACUGUAGUCAAAACUAUUUUCAUUUAGAAACACAUAACUUGAAAUGUUUGUAUCUUGCUUUCAUUCAUACCCAUUUUAUUUCUUCCUUUGCAAGGGUGCAUAUAUGAAUACUGUAUAGUUAUGUUCUUUUCCUUCAAAUAUUUUUCCCCAUAAUUUGCAGACCACUUUCGGAGUUUUUACUCAUAGUAAAAGUUCAAAAGCCACAAGCUAGGUAAUACUGAUCUACAGCCUCUUACCCCAAACAUGCUUUAGAUAAACCAGACCUUUAGAAUACAUACUUGGAUACUAUGACCUAUUCAAUGCACAGAGAGUAUCCAUCCUGGGACAUCCACAGAAAACAAU